AUGGGAAAGCAGCCGGUGAAAUUGAAGGCGGUGGUUUACGCGUUGUCGCCGUUUCAGCAGAAGAUCAUGACUGGUCUCUGGAAGGAUCUACCGGAGAAGAUCCACCACAAGGUCUCUGAGAAUUGGAUCAGCACUAUUCUCCUCCUCGCUCCCGUCAUCGGAACCUACUCGUAUGCUCAAUACUACCAAGAACAAGAGAAGCUGGAGCACAGGUUCUAA